AUGAGGGAUUGUCCGAUAAGAGGUAAUGCAAGCAUAGCUCAGCUAGCAGGAUCUGUAGCUGGUUCAUCAUCAUUAGUACGCCCCCUGGGCAAGGAUGACAGGACUAGGAGUCAUUGCCUGAUGUUGUUACAGAAAAAUAAUGACAAUCAAGAAGAUGAAGUAAGGGUAAAUCCUGAUGAUGGUCUGAAGAAGAAGAAGAAGAAGAAGAAGAAGAAGAAGGGGAGGACUAGAGUUCUAAAGAAUAAGGAUGGGAAUUCAAUGAAUGAGGAGAUUGAAGAGAAUAAAUAUAUGCUUGCUCUACCUUUCCCUCAGAAGCAAAAAAGAAAAAAGUUGGACAAACACUUUGGGCAUUUUCUAGAAGUGCUCAAGCAAGUGCAUGUUAAUCUACCGUUCACAGAGGUGCUUUCACAAAUGCCAGUAUAUUCCAAGUUAUUGAAGGAGAUAUUGUCCGUAAAGUGGAAGAGACAUAAGUUGUCAAGCUCACAGAAUAAGCUCCCUAAAAAAUUUAGAGAUCCAGGGAGUUUUACUAUACCUUUCUCUUUAGGAAGAACUAAUUUGAAAAAUCUUUGUAUGAUUCAGACCGCAAUCAUACUUGAAGGAAUACUGAAGGAUGUGGUAAUUCAGUUGGACAAAUUUGUUUUCCCUAUGGACUUUAUCAUAGUGAAAAUUGAAGAGAAUAACGAGGUCCUACUAAUUUUGGGGAGACCUUUCUUGGCUACUACUAGAGCUAUUAUGGACAUUCAGGAAAGGCAGCUCAUGCUAAGAGUGGGGGAAGAAAGAAUGAAGUUCAAGAUGAAGGAAGCAAUAGGGGGCCCUAGAGAAGAGUAA